UCCACCUCUCUCGUCGCCCUCGUCUAGCGGCUAGCCGUAUAUCGCUUCAACGCUAUGGAAGCUUCGGGAGAAGGACCUGCGCAGAAUCACAUCCAGACGCGCGAUGUGAUUGAAGCCCAGGCUCACGGUGCGGAAAAAGCAGGCUUCGUCGGCCACCCAGCGUCCUCAAUGCAACACCUACCAACGGAGCUCUGGUCUAACAUAUACUACUUUGCCUUGCCAGAUAGCUGGAACUCUGCCUUGCUUGGGAGGCGCCGCAUCAGGUAUGCACAAGUCUGUCGCACCUGGCGCGCGAUCGCCUUCUCCACCCCGCGUCUAUGGAACAAGAUACGACUCCAUUGCAGAAUCGACUUCACGCUGGCCAUGGCAGAAGUAGAUAGGACUGGAAACACGCCGCUAGACGUAGAUGUCCUCACCGUGUUUGCUGAUAGUCCCGGAUACGAGGACGUGUGGGCUGUCUGGACUUGCCUUUGUUCCCUCUCACAUCGCUGGGCCAGCGCAGACAUCACGCUCGGUAUGAUGCAGGCCGCAUGGGACAUCUUAUCUGGUCGCGAUUUUCCUCUCUUGCGCUCAAUCUACCUUAGCCCUUCAAGCAAGGAUGUUGAUGAAUUCGACGACCCUCUUCGCCACUUCGUACACGCCCCAAAUGUGUCCGAAUUAGACGUGCGUCUCACCUUCGUCACUGCACUAGCCCUUGCUCUGCCACUGCCCUGGGCUCUCGAGUGCUUGCACUUUCACUCCUACGAUUAUACCAUACGCCCGAACCAUAUAUCGCCGGACGUUGCAUGGGGCAUCACCGUGGCUUGCAAAGAUACGCUGCAAUCAGCCAGCUUUGAGUUUGCACGAACUCUAUCGCCUCCGUUGCUUUCAGCACCUGCCGCAUGUUUUCCCGCCCUGCAAGACCUCGACUUGUCCGACGAAGGCUCAUGCUUCAUUCUUCUCAUCGAAGCCCCCAACUUGGUAGAGCUCUCGAUGAAGGGAGGAGAUGGUGAAGAUGGCGGAAGAAACUCCGAACUGCAGAUGCUGUCCCGACUCAGUACUCUUUUGGAUAGGUCGGGCGACUGUUCGCAGCUGCAGUAUCUCACUCUGAUCAGCGUCGACCUGGAAAGGGGAGAUCUAAUAUCUUGCCUACGCCGCGUACCCUCGCUCGUCAACCUAGAGAUUGUCUCCUUUUUCUAUGAAGAGUCCAAUCUGGCCGUUGUCCGUGCGCUCAUUCGCGACCCCGCCGAGCCAUCAUCGAUGGCGUUGUUGCCCUGCCUAACGGCCCUGACGAUCUGCCACAAUGAUUGGCGGAAGGAGUAUCCCGUCCGGCAGUUGUUUUGCGCUGCGGUGCGCUCCAGAAUGCUCCCCACGACAUACGAGGGCAGGGAACUCGCGUGCCUCGAGGCUUGCCACACGCACUACGAACAUUCUUGCUCUUGCCGAGACACCGAUGGCGAGGACGAUGACUACGACAUGACGCUGGAGAGGAUUAAGAACGAGUUCGAUUUGAAGAACUACGACACGGAGAAAGGGUUAGAAACGCGGUUCUAUUGGGUUGGCGAGAGCGUUUGACUUGCCGUUGUCGCGGCUUCGUAACGGAGUCAAGGUGUCGGUAGAGAGAACGCGGGAGGCACAUGCAUGGCUGCAUGGCGUUGUUCGAGUUGAAAACCGAUGAUCAGGCCAAUAUUCGACGAUCGCUGAGAUGUAUCGAGUACAGUGAACGUGAAGAAGGGUCGUAGCUCGCAGGUGUCAGCAUGGCAGGCUGGAGAAUCGAAGUCGCUACUUUGUUGGCGCUCGGGUUGCCAGUGGAAGAUGGCGUAAAGUCGUUAGUAGGGAUAGGUGCCCCUCGGAGCUUUGCAAGUUUCCCUGACCGAAAGAAAUACUAGCUAGCAUAAGACACGCU